AUGAAUUUAAAGCCUGGAGAGAAAGCCUUAGAUUGGCCAACAAGAAAACGUAUAGCUUUUGGUGCAGCCCAUGGCCUGGAGUACCUGCAUGAUCAUUGCAACCCUAAAAUCAUACACCGUGAUCUAAAAGCUGCGAAUAUCCUCCUAGAUGAUGAUUUUGAAGCUGUUCUUGGAGAUUUUGGGCUAGCAAAAGUGGUUGAUACAAAAUUAACACAUAUUACAACACAGGUCCGUGGAACUAUGGGGCACAUUGCCCCUGAAUAUCUAUCAACUGGAAAAUCAUCAGAAAAGACAGAUGUGUUUGGAUAUGGUGUAACUCUUCUGGAACUAGUUACUGGUCAGCGUGCAAUAGACUUCGCUAGGCUGGAAGAAGAGGAAGACGUUCUACUGCUUGAUCAUAUCAAGAAACUGCUGAGAGAAAAAAGGCUCGAGGACAUCGUAGAUAAAAACUUAAUAACUUAUGAUCCCAAAGAGGUCGAGACAAUCAUUCAGGUUGCAUUGCUCUGCACCCAAAGUUCACAGGAAGAUCGUCCAAAGAUGGCAGAAAUUGUAAGCAUGCUGCAAGGGGUGGGUUUGUCGGAGAGAUGGGCCGAGUGGGAGCAGCUUGAAGAAGUAAGAAAUCAAGAAUUUUCCCUCAUGUCUCACCAAUUUGCUUGGGCCGAAGAAUCCACACAUGACCAACAAGCUAUUCAGUUGUCAGAAGCAAGAUAGUGAGUUUCCAAUGUAAUUAAUGUAAAAGAUAAAUUGCAUACCGGGGGAUUACUCUAAUUUUAGAGAUCUGUUUCUAUUUGACGUAAUAAUAGUAGUAGCUUAUUAACAAAUUUUACACGGUAUUGUAUCUAUCCGUUUCACCACCAGCUUUCUUAUUUUCAGAGUGUAGGAAGGUGAUGGUUUACGCUUCUAACUUGUUCCUUUCCCUAAUCAUAAAUCUGGUCUUGGA